AUGUUGACCAAGUUUGAGACCAAGAGCAAUAGAGUGAAGGGGCUGAGUUUCCACAGUAAGAGACCGUGGAUCCUCGCUAGUCUUCACAGUGGUGUGAUCCAGCUAUGGGACUAUCGUAUGGGCACUCUCAUUGAUCGCUUUGAUGAGCAUGAUGGUCCUGUUCGUGGUGUUCAUUUCCACAAAUCUCAGCCUCUUUUUGUCUCUGGAGGUGAUGAUUACAAGAUUAAAGUCUGGAACUACAAAUUGCAUAGGUGUCUGUUUACACUCCUUGGACAUCUUGAUUAUAUUCGUACCGUGCAGUUUCAUCAUGAAUACCCAUGGAUCGUGAGUGCUAGUGAUGAUCAGACCAUCCGCAUUUGGAAUUGGCAGUCUCGUACUUGCAUUUCAGUGUUGACAGGACACAAUCAUUAUGUGAUGUGUGCUUCAUUCCACCCUAAAGAAGAUCUUGUUGUAUCAGCAUCUCUAGAUCAAACCGUUCGUGUUUGGGAUAUAGGUGCACUGAGGAAAAAGACAGUGUCCCCUGCUGAUGACAUCCUGAGGUUGACUCAGAUGAACACUGAUCUUUUUGGCGGAGUUGAUGCAGUUGUUAAGUAUGUUUUGGAAGGCCAUGACCGAGGAGUCAACUGGGCUGCCUUCCACCCAACACUUCCUUUGAUUGUCUCAGGAGCAGAUGAUCGCCAAGUGAAGUUGUGGCGCAUGAAUGAUACAAAGGCUUGGGAAGUGGACACAUUAAGAGGACACAUGAACAAUGUGUCAUGUGUUAUGUUCCAUGCCAAACAGGAUAUAAUUGUAUCUAAUUCAGAGGAUAAAAGCAUUCGUGUCUGGGAUGUAACUAAAAGAACUGGAGUUCAAACUUUCCGUCGAGAACAUGACCGAUUCUGGAUCCUUGCAUCUCAUCCUGAGAUGAAUCUUCUUGCUGCAGGUCACGACAGUGGCAUGAUUGUCUUUAAGUUAGAGAGAGAAAGGCCUGCUUUUGCUGUGAGUGGUGAUUCUUUGUUCUAUGCUAAAGAUCGCUUUUUACGGUUUUUUGAGUUUUCAACUCAAAGAGAUACACAAGUAAUUCCCAUCCGACGACCUGGUACCACAAGCCUGAAUCAAAGUCCAAGAACUCUUUCAUACAGUCCUACAGAAAAUGCUGUCCUUAUCUGCUCGGAUGUGGAUGGAGGAUCUUAUGAGUUGUAUGUCAUACCUAGGGACAGCAUUGCCAGGGGUGAUGCUGUGCCAGAGGCAAAGAGAGGUGCUGGUGGAUCUGCUGUCUUUGUGGCUCGGAAUAGGUUUUCUGUGCUUGACAAGAGCAGCAAUCAAGUCCUAGUUAAGAACCUCAAGAAUGAAGUUGUCAAAAAGAGUGGUCUUCCUAUCACUGCAGAUGCUAUAUUCUAUGCUGGGACAGGUAACUUGCUUUGCAGGGCAGAGGAUAGGGUGGUCAUAUUUGAUCUCCAGCAGAGGCUUGUUCUUGGGGAGCUGCAGACGCCUUUUGUCAAAUAUGUUGUUUGGUCCAAUGACAUGGAAAGUGUUGCCUUGCUAAGCAAACAUGCCAUCAUCAUUGCCAGCAAGAAGCUUGUGCACCAGUGCACUCUCCAUGAAACAAUCCGUGUAAAGAGUGGAGCCUGGGAUGAUAAUGGUGUUUUCAUUUACACGACUUUGAAUCAUAUCAAAUACUGCCUGCCUAACGGAGAUAGUGGCAUAAUCAGAACCCUUGAUGUACCAAUUUAUAUUACAAAGAUCUCUGGAAAUACGAUCUUUUGCUUGGAUCGUGAUGGGAAGAAUAGGGCUGUUGUUAUUGAUGCAACAGAAUACAUCUUCAAACUGUCUCUGCUUAAGAAGAGAUAUGACCAUGUUAUGAGCAUGAUAAGGAACUCGCAGCUUUGUGGUCAGGCAAUGAUUGCUUAUUUGCAACAGAAGGGGUUCCCAGAAGUUGCCUUGCAUUUUGUGAAAGAUGAGAGAACCCGGUUUAAUUUGGCUAUAGAGAGUGGAAAUAUUCAGAUUGCUGUUGCUUCAGCAAAGGAAAUUGAUGAGAAAGACCACUGGUAUAGGUUGGGGGUUGAAGCUCUUCGCCAAGGAAAUGCAGGUAUAGUUGAAUAUGCCUACCAGAGGACAAAAAAUUUUGAGAGGUUAUCUUUCCUUUAUCUCAUAACUGGGAAUUUGGAGAAGCUGUCCAAGAUGCUUAGAAUUGCUGAAGUUAAAAAUGAUGUCAUGGGUCAAUUUCACAAUGCCAUGUAUUUGGGUGAUGUCAGAGAACGUGUUAAGAUCUUGGAGAAUGCUGGCCAUUUGCCACUUGCUUACGUUACGGCUAAGGUCCAUGGGCUCAAGGAUGUUGUGGAACGUCUAGCAGAUGAGUUGAGAGAUGAUAUUCCAUCUUUGCCACAGGGCAAAGCACCAUCCCUUCUGAUGCCUCCAGCCCCUAUUAUGUGUGGUGGUGAUUGGCCACUUCUGAGAGUCAUGAAAGGUAUAUUUGAAGGUGGGCUGGAUAAUAUGGGUAGAGGUGGUGCUGAUGAGGACGAAGAAGCUGCUGAUGGUGAUUGGGGUGAGGAACUGGACAUGGUCGAUGUGGAUGGUUUGCAAAAUGGGGAUGUCACAGCAAUUUUGGAGGAUGGGGAAGUAGCGGAAGAAAAUGAAGAGGAGGAAGGAGGAUGGGACCUUGAAGAUUUGGAGCUACCUCCUGAGGUAGACACUCCAAGGGCUUCUGUCAGUGCCCGCUCAUCAGUUUUUGUGGCUCCAACUCCUGGUAUGCCUGUAAGCCAGAUUUGGAUUCAGAGAUCUUCACUUGCUGCUGAGCAUGCUGCAGCUGGCAAUUUCGAUACAGCUAUGCGACUACUCAACAGACAACUUGGAAUUAAAAACUUUGUCCCAUUGAAAUCCAUGUUUCUUGAUCUUCACUCAGGCAGCCAUACCUAUUUACGUGCAUUUUCAUCCACCCCAGUGAUAUCAUUGGCUGUCGAACGGGGAUGGAACGAGUCUGCCAGCCCUAAUGUUAGGGGUCCUCCAGCUCUGGUGUUCAAUUUCUCUCAAUUGGAAGAGAAGCUUAAGGCUGGUUACAAAGCCACGACAGUUGGGAAAUUUACCGAGGCACUUAGACUCUUCCUUAGCAUUCUUCACACAAUUCCUCUGAUUGUUGUUGAUUCGAGGAGGGAAGUUGAUGAAGUCAAGGAGUUGAUUAUUAUAGUCAAAGAGUACGUUUUGGCUCUUCAAAUGGAGCUUAAGAGGAGGGACAUGAAAGACAAUCCAGUACGCCAACAAGAGCUUGCUGCCUACUUCACCCACUGCAAUCUUCAAACUCCUCACUUAAGGCUGGCUCUUCAAAAUGCAAUGACUGUUUGCUUUAAGAAUAAGAACCUAGCUACAGCAGCUAACUUUGCCAGGCGGCUAUUGGAGACAAACCCCCCGAAUGAGAACCAGGCAAGGUCUGCAAGGCAAGUUUUGGCAGCUGCAGAGAGGAAUAUGACAGAUGCUGCUCAGCUGAACUAUGAUUUCAGAAAUCCUUUUGUUGUAUGUGGUGCAACCUAUGUUCCAAUUUACCGAGGACAAAAGGAUGUCUCUUGUGCAUAUUGCGGUUCCCGAUUUGUACCAAGUCAGGAAGGGAAGCUGUGUACUGUUUGUGAUCUUUCAGUAGUGGGGGCAGAUGCUUCAGGGCUGCUUUGUUCUCCUUCCCAGAUACGAUGA